AUGACAACUACUGUCCCUUUAAUUUAUUCAUUUCCUGAAUUUUUAGGAGUUGCUGAUGCUGUUGCUGAUUUAGUUAUAUCAGCUCAAAAUCAAACUUUAUAUAAUACAACAGAUCAAAAACAAAUUGAAUUAAUUAAAUCAGGUCAAUUGAAAAGACCAUCAAUUAAUAAAACAAAUAGUUCUAUAUCAGUUUUAAAUCAAUCAAAUGGUAAUAAUAAUCUAAAUAAUAAUGGUUCAUCAAAUCAUAAUUCAAAUAGUAAUAUAAAUUCAAUAAAUAAUACUCCAAAUCACUCACCAAGUCAUAGUCAAAGUGGAUUAAACUUUAAUAAUAACAAAUCAUCAUCUUCAAAUACAAGUAAUUUAAACCCAAACACUAAUACUUCAUCAUCAAUAUCAUCAUCAACAUCAGCAACCACCAACAAUAUAGAAAAGAACAACAAAAUUAAAAAAGAAAAAAAGAUCUUAAAAAAGCAAGAAAUAAGAUUUAAAAUUGCAAUAAGUGGAGGAUCAUUAAUUAAAAUAUUAAAUCAAGGUUUAUUAAGUAAACAAGAUUAUAUAGAAUGGGAUAAAUGGGAUAUUUAUUUUGCUGAUGAAAGAUUAGUACCGUUUAAUAGCCCUGAUUCAAAUUAUGGUCAAGCUAAGCUUGAAAUUUUUGAUCAUAUAAAGGGAGAUAAAAAACCAAAAAUUUUCCACAUUGAUGAAACCCUCAUUGAAGAUCCUCAAGAAGCUGCAGAUGAUUAUGAAAAACAGUUAAUUCAAAAUUUUGCUAAAAAGGAUUCUGUAAAAUUACCAAUGUUUGAUUUAUUAUUAUUAGGUUGUGCGCCAGAUGGUCAUAUUGCUUCAUUAUUCCCCAAUCAUGGUGAAAGUUUAAGAGAAAAAUUAGCUUGGUGUAUACCAAUUGAAAAUGCUCCAAGUGGUCCCAAAAAUAGAAUAACUUUAACCAUACCUGUAAUAUGUCAUGCAUCAAGAGUUGCUUUCGUUGUUGAAGGUUUAACAAAAGCUCCAAUUAUAAAAACUAUAAUGGAAAGACCAGAAAAGGGUUUACCUUCUUCUAUUGUAAAUGAAGGUGCUGCUGGUAGAGUAAGUUGGUUUGUUGAUGAUGCUGCAUUAAAUGAUUUAUAUGAUAUUACAAAAAAGAAAUAUAAAUAUUUAUCAAUACCUGAACCUAAAUAA